AUGGUUCUAGGUCAAGAAUUUACCACCAAGGAGGCAGCAAAAGUUCAUAUUCAGAAAGCUUCACAUCAGAAAUGUUUUGAGUUUGAUAUAAAGAAGUCGGAUACUAAGAGAUUUGUGAUUAAAUUUCGAGGAGCCAAAGAAGGUUGCAAGUGGUUUGUGCGAGUUGCAAAGUUAGAGAAUUCAGAUCUCUGGACGGUUAGAAGUUAUAUCAAGCAGCAUACAUGUUCUAUUGUUACUACUAGAACACUGCGUGAUAGAAGGAAAGGCACAAAACAAAUCGUUGCAUCUGUUUUGGCUCAAGAUUAUCCUGGUACAUUUGACACACCAGUUCCCAAAGUUCUGAUCGAUUUGGUUCAUCGCAAAGUUGGUGUGAAAGUAUCAUACACCGCCGCAUGGAGAGGAAAAAGAGAAGCUGCUAAUGAAGUGCGAGGGAGUCCAGAAGAGAGUUUUACUUUACUACACUGUUAUAUGCACAUGCUGGAACAAACCAAUAUUGCCACAAGAACACUUGUAGAAGUGGAUGAGCACCAAAGAUUUAAGUAUCUGUUUUUUGCACUUGGAGCUAGCGUAGAAGGGUUCCGUGCAAUGAGGAAAGUCCUCAUUGUGGAUGCAACACACCUCAAGUAUGUUUAUGGUGGAGUUCUUCUUGUUGCGACAGCUCAAGAUCCCGAUCAUCACCACUACCCAAUUGCAUUUGGUGUAGCAGAUGGUGAGAAUGAUCAAAGCUGGGUAUGGUUUAUGGAACAGUUGAAAUUAGCGAUAACUGAUGUCCCCGGAUUGGUGUUUCUUUCAGAUAGAAACAAAAGCUUAAUCAAGGAAGUACGUCUAGUGUUCCCUGAGGCCGAACAUGGGUAUUGUAUAUGGUAUUUAUCUCAGAAUGUUAAAGGCCACGUCCAUAACAACAAAGAUACUUGUGCGUUCAAGUUUAGAGAAUGCGCACAUGCUUAUACAGUGGCUGAGUUCCAGUACCUUUAUCAUGCUUUUCGCAGGAAGUAUCCAAGUGCAGCGGUGUAUCUUGACAAAAUUGUUGAAGAGAAGAAAUGGGCUAGAUGCAUGUUACUUUAA